CUCCCCCCAAUUUCCACCGCGGCCAAUUCAUGGACAGGAACUACCCCAGCGCCGGCUUCGGGGACCCGCUCGGCGCCGGGGCGGGAUGGAGUUACGAGAGGUCAGCGAAAGCUAGCUUGGUCUAUGGCAGCUCCAGGACCUCGCACCCCGAGACGGACAUCUUACACCGCCAGGCCUACGCGGCCCCCCACCCACUGCAAAGCUAUGCCACCAACCACCACCCGGCAGGCCUCUCUGGACUCUUCGACACUGGCCUUCACCACGCGGGCUCAGCAGGGCCUGACGCCUCCGUCAUGAACCUCAUCUCGGCCCUGGAGUCCCGGGGCCCCCAGCCUGGCCCCUCUGCCUCCUCUCUCCUCUCCCAGUUCCGCAGUCCUUCCUGGCAAACAGCCAUGCAUACGCCAGGCCCCACGGAGCUCUUCAUCUCAGGCGCCCUGCCGGGUUCCAGCACCUUUCCAUCCUCCUCUGCCCUGUCGGCCUACCAGCACCCGGCUUCCUUCGGCAGCCGCCCCUUCCCAGUGCCCUCAUCCCUCAGCCUCCAGGACCCCCCAUUCAGUCCCCCAGCUAAUGGGCUCCUGUCCCCUCAUGAUGUGCUGCACCUGAAGCCCUCGCAGGCACCCACGGUGCCCUCCUCGCUAGGCUUUGAGCGCCUGGCGGGGGGCGGUGUCCUGGGGCCCGCUGGUCUUGGCCCGGCCCAGACCCCUCCUUACCGCCCUGGCCCCCCAGACCCACCUCCACCUCCCCGCCACCUCCCAACUCAGUUCAACCUGCUGGCUUCCUCUUCCGCUGCUGCUGCCGCCGCCGAGCAAUCCUCCCCACAGCUCUACAACUUCUCGGGUGCUGCCCCGGGCCCACCGCCACCCGAGCGGGCCCUACCCCGCCAGGACACAGUCAUCAAGCACUACCAGCGGCCAGCCAGUGCCCAGCCCCCGCCGCCCCCGCCACCAGCCCAUGCCCUCCAGCACUACCUGAGCUGUGGAGGCAGCUACCCUUCCAUGGGCCACCGGGCCAACCUGGCCUGCAGCCCCCUGGGCGGUGGGGAGCCCUCCCCAGGUGCUGGUGAGCCUAGCAAGGCUGGGCCAAGUGGAGCCACAGCAGGGGCAUCGGGCCGGGCUGCGGGCCCUGAGACGGCCGGAGGAGGUGGGGCAGGGGGUGGCGGUGGAGGUUACCGCCCCAUCAUUCAAUCACCUGGUUAUAAGACAGGCAAAGGUGGUUAUGGAGCAGCUGCGGGUGGUGCCAACAGGCCCCCACCACCCCGUUCGACGGCCACUCCCAAAUGCCAGAGCCUGGGUGGGCCAGCAGCUGCCUAUGGCACUGGGAAGGCCUCUGGGGCUGGUGGGGCGGGUGGCCAGGCUUAUUCCCCUGGUCAGCCCCAGGGGCUUCUAGGACCCCAGGCCUAUGGGCAAGGGUUUGGAGGGGGUCAAGCACAGGACUUGAGCAAAGGACCUAGCUACUCAGGACCCCCACAGCCCCCCAGCGGCCCCGCUCCUCCUGGCCUAGCCACAUGUCAGAGCUACUCCCCUGACCAGCUGCAGGGCCAGCUGUAUGGGGUACAGGGUGAGCCGUACCCAGGACCAGCUGCCCACUCCCAAGGGUUGCCCACGGCCAGCCCCUCACUCAGCUACAGUACUGGCCAUUCCCCAGCACUCUCAGGCCACGGGGGUGGCUGGGGGCCCAGCUCCCUAGGGGGUGGCGGAGAGGCCAGUCCUUCUCACAUUAUCCGCCCACUGCAGUCGCCACCUGCCCCCGGCCGCCAGCCUGGAGUUGGCUCUCCGGGAGCCCCUGGCAAAUACCUGAGCUCUGUCCUGUCCUCGGCCCCAUUCCUGGCACCCCCAGGAGCCGGCAGCUAUGCAGCCGGAGCAGGUGGCUACAAGGGCAAGGGAGAUGGCUCAGAGCUGCUGGCAGGUCCCGGGGGGCCCCCUGCUGAGCGCACAGAGGAUGAGGAAUUUCUCAUUCAGCACCUCCUACAGGCGCCUAGUCCCCCACGGACCUCAGGGGCAGGUGGCUUGGUGGGUGAAGAUGGAGCAGCGGAUGCCUCCAAGGGACUUGGGGGGAGUGGUGGGGCUGGUGGUCCCCCGGGCACACCCUAUGAGCUGGCCAAGGAAGACCCCCAGAGGUACCAUCUGCAGAGUGUCAUCCGUACCAGUGCCAGCCUCGAUGAGGGUGCCACGGCAGCCCUAGAGCUAGGGCUGGGGAGGCUAAAGGAGAAGAAAAAAGGCCCAGAAAGGGGUGGCGAGACCCCCGAGGGGUUGGCCACCUCAGUUGUCCACUAUGGGGCAGGUGCCAAGGAGCUGGGGGCCUUUCUCCAAAAGAGUCCCCCACCCCCACCUCCCACAGCCCAGCCUGCCCAGCCCACUCCCCAUAGUCUCCUCCUGGAAACUGGGGGCCCUGACCUCCCACUGGUGCUGCCUCCACCUCCCCCCCAGCUGCUUCCCUCAGUCCUUAGCCACGCCCCAAGCCCCUCUUCCAGCACCCCCAAAGUUGGUGUCCAUCUCCUUGAGCCAGCCACCCGUGAUGGGGCGCCCCCUCCCCCACCUCCACCGCCCAUGCCUCUCCAGCUUGAGGCCCAUCUCCGCAGUCAUGGGCUGGAGCCAGGAGCCCCCAGCCCCCGUCUGCGACCUGAGGAGGGCCUGGAGCCACCAGGCGCCAUGCAGGAAUUGCUUGGGGCCCUGGAGCCACUGCCCCCUGGGCCUGGUGACACUGGUGUAGGCCCGCCUAACACCGAGGGCAAGGAUCCCUCGAGUGCCUACCGCAGCCCCAGCCCACAAGGCACCAAGGCCCCCCGCUUUGUGCCACUCACCUCCAUCUGCUUCCCUGAUUCCUUGCUCCAAGACGAGGAGCGCAGCUUCUUCCCCACCAUGGAGGAGAUGUUCGGUGGAGGGGCAGCAGAUGACUAUAGCAAGGCUGGGCCACCUGAGGACGAAGGCGAUCCCAAGGCGGGGACCGGACCACCUCCGGGCCCGCCUGCCUAUGAUCCCUAUGGGCCUUACUGCUCCAGUCGGGCAUCUGGAGCUGGGCCUGAGACGCCGGGCCUGGGCCUGGACCCCAACAAGCCUCCUGAGCUGCCCUCCACAGUCAACGCCGAGCCUCUGGGCUUGAUCCAGAGUGGGCCACACCAGGCGGCCCCACCACCUCCUCCACCCCCUCCACCACCUGCCUCAGAACCCAAGGGAGGCCUGACCUCACCCAUCUUCUGCUCUACCAAGCCAAAGAAGCUGCUCAAGACGUCUUCCUUCCAUCUGCUACGGCGCCGUGACCCGCCCUUCCAGACACCCAAGAAGCUGUAUGCCCAGGAGUAUGAGUUUGAGGCUGAUGAGGACAAGGCUGAUGUGCCUGCUGACAUCCGCCUGAACCCCCGGCGUCUACCUGACCUGGUAUCCAGCUGCCGCUCCCGCCCAGCCCUCUCACCGCUGGGUGAUAUCGACUUCUGUCCACCCAACCCUGGCCCUGAUGGCCCCCGACGCCGUGGCCGCAAGCCCACCAAGGCCAAGCGUGAUGGCCCACCCCGGCCCCGAGGGAGGCCCCGGAUCCGCCCACUGGAGGUCCCCACCACUGGUGGGCCAACCUCAGCCUCCACGCCCAGCGAUGUGGCCAAGAAACCCCGGGGUCGGGGCCGUGGCCGAGGCAGGAAGGCUGAGGAAGCAGGGGGAACCCGGCUGGAGCCCCUGAAGCCACUUAAGAUCAAGCUGUCUGUGCCCAAGGCUGGUGAGGGUCUGGGAGCCUCAUCAGGCGACGCCAUAUCGAGCACUGACCACAACAGCCUGGAUUCAAGCCUGACUCGGGAGAAGAUUGAGGCCAAGAUCAAGGAGGUGGAGGAAAAGCAGCCAGAGAUGAAGUCUGGCUUCAUGGCCUCCUUCCUGGACUUCCUCAAGUCAGGCAAGCGCCACCCACCGCUCUACCAGACUGGCCUAACACCCCCACUCAGCCCCCCCAAGAGCGUGCCACCUUCUGUGCCAGCCCGAGGCCUGCAGCCCCAGCCCCCCACUGCCCCUACCGUGCCACACCCCCCACCCACUGGGGCCUUUGGGCUGGGGGGCGCACUGGAGGCCGCUGAAAGUGAGGGGCUGGGAUUGGGCUGUCCUUCGCCUUGCAAGCGGCUAGACGAGGAGCUGAAGCGGAAUCUUGAGACCCUGCCCUCCUUCUCCUCGGAUGAGGAAGACUCUGUCGCCAAGAACCGGGACCUGCAGGAGAGCAUCUCCUCUGCCAUCUCUGCCCUUGAUGACCCACCCCUCGCCGGGCCUAAGGACACCUCCACCCCUGAUGGGCCUCCCUUGGCUGCUGAGGCUGCAGUCCCGGGGCCACCGCCUCUCCCAGGGCUCCCCAGUGCCAGCAGUAAUGGCACGCCUGAGCCCCCACUGCUGGAGGAGAAGCCCCCACCCUCUCCACCGCCCGCCCCGACGCCCCAGCCGCCACCCCCGCCGCCAGCACCGGCCCUGCCUUCGCCGCCUCCGCCAGCCGCCGCCCCGCCAGAGGAGCCCGCCGCCCCAUCCCCCGAUGAUCCUGAGCCGCCUGAUGCCCGGCCCCUGCACUUGGCCAAGAAGCAGGAGACAGCAGCUGUGUGUGGGGAGACUGACGAGGAGGCCGGCGAGAGCGGCGGGGAGGGCAUCUUCCGCGAACGCGAUGAGUUUGUCAUACGCGCAGAGGACAUUCCUUCCCUCAAGCUGGCGUUGCAGACGGGGCGUGAGCCCCCACCCAUCUGGCGAGUCCAGAAGGCCCUGCUACAGAAAUUCACCCCAGAGAUCAAGGAUGGGCAGCGGCAGUUUUGUGCCACCAGUAAUUAUUUGGGGUAUUUUGGGGACGCAAAAAACCGGUACCAGCGCCUUUAUGUAAAGUUCCUGGAAAACGUCAACAAGAAGGAUUACGUGAGGGUCUGUGCUCGGAAACCCUGGCAUAGGCCCCCAGUGCCUGUCAGACGCUCCGGGCAGGCCAAAGGCCCUGCGUCUGCUGGGGGCAGCUCUGCACCUCCCCCCAAGGCCCCAGCACCACCUUCUAAGCCUGAGACCCCUGACAAGACGACACCUGAGAAGCCCCCAGAGCAGACGCCUGAGACGGUCGUGCCUGAGCCCUCUGUCCCUGAGAAGCCGUCCCCAACACGGCCUGUCGAGAAGGAAAAGGAGAAGGAGCGAGUAACACGUGGAGAGCGGCCGCUGCGGGGUGAACGGGGCACAGGCGGGCGGCAGACACGGCCUGAGCGGAGCCUCACCACAGGACAGCCUGCCACCUCCCGACUGCCCAAGGCCCGGCCCACCAAGGUGAAGGCUGAGCCACCCCCCAAGAAGAGGAAGAAGUGGCUAAAGGAGGCAGCAGGCAAUGCCUCAGCAAGCGGGGGCCCACCAGGCAGCUCCUCAGACUCAGAGUCAUCCCCCGGAGCGCCCAGCGAGGAUGAGCGGGCAGUACCUGGACGUCUGCUGAAGACCCGGGCAAUGCGGGAGAUGUACCGAAGCUAUGUGGAGAUGCUGGUGAGCACAGCACUCGACCCGGACAUGAUCCAGGCCCUGGAGGACACACAUGACGAGCUGUACCUCCCGCCCAUGCGGAAGAUCGAUGGCCUCCUGAAUGAGCACAAGAAGAAAGUCCUGAAGCGGCUGUCGCUGAGCCCAGCCCUGCAGGAUGCCCUGCACACAUUUCCUCAGCUGCAAGUAGAGCAGAGUGGGGAGGGCUCCCCUGAGGAGGGGGCUGUGCGGCUGCGGCCUGCUGGGGAACCCUACAACCGCAAGACGCUCAGCAAGCUCAAGAGGAGCGUGGUCCGAGCCCAGGAGUUCAAGGUUGAGCUGGACAAGUCAGGAUACUACACGCUCUACCACUCACUCCACCACUAUAAGUACCACACGUUCCUGCGCUGCCGAGACCAGACCCUAGCCAUCGAGGGCGGUGCUGAGGACCUCGGCCAGGAGGAGGUGGUCCAGCAGUGCAUGCGGAACCAGCCGUGGCUGGAACAGCUCUUCGACUCCUUCAGUGACCUGCUGGCCCAAGCACAGGCCCACAGCCGCUGUGGGUGACCACACCCUGGCCUGAGGGGUGCCACCUCCUCCAUCAACCGAGAAUUGGGACAGAACUGUGUCCUCAGGCGCUAACCCCCAGGCCUUGUUGCCAGGGAAGGGGGAGGUCACUGGUCAGGGUGUGUCCGUGCUGCCCCCACAGGGCAGGGUUCAGAGUUCGACUCCCCCCCUCUCCCAGGUCCUCUCCACUCCCUCCCCAUUCCUUUCACUGUCCGGUGUACAGAGAAAUUAUUUAUAUAUAUGUAUAAAUGUCUAUUUAGUAACAGUUUCCCUCUUCCCCUGGCUCCACUGCCCACCCCCCCCCCUCCAUGGCCAUAGCCCCUGCCUCCUCCACCUUGUACAUAAUGUAUAGGAAAAGUCUAUGUAUGGUUAAAGGGGGGCGGGGCGGCUUCAGAGAGCUGGGGGACCCCUCCCCCCAAACCCCCUUUACAGGCCAAGAUCUUUGCUAAAGGCCAUUCCCUCCCCAGGGCAUUCGGCUUCGGGUGGGAGGGGGAAAACGCAUCUUGUUAAUUAUUUUUAAUCUUAUUUAUUGUACAUACCUGGGGCGGGGGGCUGGGAGGUGGAGGGGGAAGAAGGGUCCCCUCCCUUUGCGCCUCCCACUCCUUUUCUACUGCAAUUUGUCUGUGUCUCCCCCCAACACACACACCGACCCCAUCCCAUUGUCGUCUGGAUGUGGUUCUAUUUUUUAUCGGUCUCCCCUGCCCCCUCUCUCUAACCCCUCUGCUCCCACCUCCCCACCACCCGUUGUCUCUUGCUCUUUCUUGGGCUUCUGUACAACUCAACUUGUACACACUGUGUACACACAACCAGCCAAACGAAAACCCAACGGCAAACACUUUA